AUAAUUGGCAAUAACUGCACGAUUGGAGACAAAGUAAAACUCAUGAAUACUAUAGUUAUGGAUAACGUGAAAGUGGAAGAAGGCUCUAAUAUUCAGGGAAGUAUUAUCUGCUCUCAGGCUAACAUUGGAACCAAUUCUGAAAUCAAAGACUGUAUCAUUGCUUCCGCACAGAACAUCCAUUCAUUAGCAAAAUUGACUAAUGAAGUGAUUUUAGACGUCAAUCAGAUGAUGGAAUGCGACCUUUCGAUGACUUCUUACCAAUGAUAAUGACCUCACGUUAUAGUGAAUUAAACAUGUUGAAAUAAUUUUUAAAAUUUAAAUUAUAACAGGGUUUUUAUUACCGUAAUCAUUACAAUCAAUUGGAAAAUAAAAUAAAGUAAUAAGUUUCAUUAAUAACA